AUGAAAACCACUGCACAGAAAAGCCUGAAACUUGGAACAGAGCCUUCCACUCUCAACAACAGAGACAGUACUGAUUGUAUAACCUUGUCCCUCUAUUCCAGGUCUCCUAGAAACCCAGAGCAGAAGAUCAUUAAACGAGUUAUUGCUCUUGAAGGAGAUAUUAUCAAAACAAUGGAUUACAGAAAUCAGUAUGUGAAAAUCCCACCUGGCCACAUCUGGGUAGAAGGGGAUCACCACGGACGCAGCUUUGACAGUAAUGCUUUUGGGCCGGUUUCCCUUGGACUUCUCCAUGCCCAUGCUACCCAUAUUCUCUGGCCUCCACAACGCUGGCAAAGGUUGGAAUCCAUUCUCCCUCCAGAGCGGGGACCAAUACCAAGUGAGGAGAUAUAAUCUGCUUGGAUC